GUUUUCAUCCAGAGUCGGAAGAGUCACAUUCCCUUUUGCAGACAGCAGUUUCGGUGCUGCAGAGCUCCUACUUGUACUCUACAUCUCAGGACGGUUUUCAGUACAGCCAAGCAAUUCUGGUGGAAAAUGAUGUUUUUCUAAGUGAGCUCAAAGCUUUUGCCCAAGCAAAGGAAGCUGCCAGUUACAGCCAGGAGGAGCUGGAGGAGACCUUUGCGUUUCUCCUGUUUGAUAAUGAAGAAAAGGCAAAAGAGGUGUGUCAGACAGGCCUCCGUGUAAACAGCAGUUCUAUUUCCACGCUUGGUGACCCAGCAAAAGGGGUUUAUAUUUCCAAGUAUGCAGACUGUCUUCAUCCGAGACCCUGGUAUCAUGGAAAAUCAGGCUAUAUUGUCAUUUGUAAGCUAAUUAAGGGCAAGGUCAAGGUGGUAUCUGAGAAUUACACAACCAGCUAUACCUGCCCGUCUCCUGGCUAUGACUGCCAUGUCGCCAUGAGCAGAAACAACAUACCAUCAAAGACCAGCCACUGCCAGGCCUUCGAACAGAGCCAGUAUUACGUGUAUGAGGUGUCCGAUGGCAGCACUGCCGAGCGGCCCAGGCAGAUCUGCCCGUACAUAGUCGUCGCCUGCCAGUACAGGGAGCCGAAGGAAAUGCCGGUCUUAGCUAUAGAGAGCCUACCUGAGUUAAAUCACAAAGCAUUGUACUAUCCAUGGAGGGGGCAGCUUUCCAUCCGGGGCCAGCUUUUGUGCAACAUCGCCCUGAGGACCCCAUACAGCUCCACGAUUCCAGCCCAGCUGCCUCCCAACCUGGACAUUAACCAUGUCAUGGGUUUGUCUGACUUGAAGAAAAAGCUACCAGAAGCUGUGUUUGGGAAAAGAAAUUACAUUGAGAAUGAAGGUGAGUGCAAAACCUAUCGGCAUGAUGAGUAA